GAAGCGUCGCAGCUCUGAGCUCAGCGGACGCUUCAUCACACCAGCCACUGAUGCCUUUCCAAGCAGAAGAAAGCAGAUCUGAGGCUUGUAGCUGAGGGUAAACCUCUGAGAAGCGGAUGAAGAAACAAAUCUUACUACGUUUCACAUACCGAGGACUAGUAAGAAAAGGGAAGAAGAGUAAAAGAAGAAAAUGGCCAAUUUUAUAUUACGGAAAGCCGAGCCCAAGGACGUGUCUGACAUACUGCGACUCAUAAAGGAACUGGCCAAAUUUGAGGAAAUGGAAGAUCAAGUUGUUCUCACUGAGAAAGAUCUGCUGGAGGACGGGUUUGGAGAUCAUCCGUUCUAUCACUGUAUCGUGGCUGAAGUGCCCAAACAGCAGCAGAGCGCCGACGGUCAUGUGAUCAUUGGCUUUGCCAUGUAUUAUUUCACCUAUGACCCCUGGAUUGGGAAACUGCUCUACUUGGAGGACUUCUACGUCAUGAAAGAGUUUCGGGGUUUUGGAAUUGGGUCUGAAAUCCUGAAGAAACUGAGUCAGACGGCGGUCAGGACUCGGUGCAGCAGCAUGCACUUCAUCGUGGCGGAGUGGAACAAAUCCUCCAUCGAGUUCUACAAGCGGCGUGGAGCGUCUGAUCUCUCGCUGGAGGAAGGGUGGAGGCUCUUCAAGAUCGACAAGCAGAACCUGCUCAAGAUGACCAAUGAGGAGUGAAGCGGAUGUCAGGAGAUUGUUGCAGUCUGUGAUUGACCCUCUGGUGCUGGUGUUCACUGAAGUGGACAAGAUCUUCAAAAGUCAUUUUGAAGCAUUCAGGGUGUGAUGUUACAUCCAAAACCUUUCAUUCUGACCCAUAAUUACAAUUCUCUCUACAUAAUUUUGAAAGAUUAUAUUCUUGUUUUGAAGUACAUUAAGAUAUUUUCUUUUCUUUUGUGAUGUAAUAAUUCAUGAAUCAGAGGCUUUCUGCCUGUCAUGCAAUGUACUGAUGUUUAUAUAGACGCGGCAUAUUCACUUCUCUGUAUACUUCAAUCUUAAAUUA